AUGUCUAUAUUGAAGAACGACAAUACUCUUUUCAAUUCAACCUUGGACUUGGAGAGGUCUAGUACUGAUUCUCAAGAGAAUGGUGGUCCAAGAGCAGUGGGUGAUGGGAAACAGCCCUUGGGGGAGGAUAACUUGAACCGGUCUUUAUCUGUUCGUCAAAUUAACAUGAUUACAAUUGCAGGUGUUAUUGGUACUGGAUUAUUUUUAGGUACUGGGGUUUCAUUGUCUAGAGGUGGUCCAGGUGCAUUAUUAAUCUGUUAUACAAUCAUUGGAAUAAUGGUAUAUUUCACUAUGUUAAGUUUAGGUGAAAUGGCUACUCAAUAUCCAGUUUCUGGUUCAUUUACAACAUACGCUAAAAGGUUUGGUAGUGAUUCUUUGGGGUUUGCUAUCUUAAGUAAUUAUUGGUUAAAUGAUGCCUUAAGUGUGGCAUCAGAUUUAACUGCUUUACAACUUCUUUUAUCUUAUUGGACAGAUUUCCACUAUUGGGUUGUGGCAUUGAUCUUUUGGUUUUUCCUUUUGUUUUUAAAUGUUUUCCAUGUUAGAUUCUAUGGGGAAGCCGAAUACUUGUUAGCGUUAUUGAAAGUGAUUGCCAUUAUUAUUUUUUUCAUUAUCUCAAUUGUGGUCAAUGCUGGUCAUAAUAUUGAACAUAAAUAUAUUGGGUUUUCAAAUUGGGGUGUUGGUGAUGCUCCAUUUGUCAAUGGCUUUAGAGGAUUUGCCAAAGUCUUUGUAACUGCUGCUUAUGCUUAUGGUGGAACUGAAUCAAUUACUAUGACUGCUGGUGAACAGAAAAACCCCACAAGAACUAUGCCUAAGAUUGUCAGAACCGUGUUCUGGCGUAUCUUGAUCUUUUACAUCCUUACAGUUUUUUUCAUUGGUAUGAACAUUCCAUAUAACUAUGAAAACUUAAAUAAAAAGUCCAUUAUUACCUCCCCUUUUACAAUUAUGUUCAAAUUAGUUGGUGCUAAAGGCGGUGCAGACUUUAUGAAUGCUGUCAUUAUUACCUCAGUCAUUUCUGCUGGUAACCAUGCGUUAUAUGCUGGUUCCCGUUUGGCAUAUAACUUGGGUACCCAAGGUUAUGCUCCAAAGAUCUUGACUAAAGUUAACAGAUGGAAAACUCCAUAUAUUGCAGUCAUUUUUACUUGGUUCUUUGGUGGAUUAGGGUUUGGAUCUUCUUUCAUUGGAGCUGGUGAGUUAUGGAAUUGGUUACAAGCUAUCAUUGGUCUAAGUAACUUGAUUUCAUGGUGGGUUAUUGGUAUAAUUUCUAUUAGAUUCAGACAAGGAUUGAAAUUCCAAGGAAGGGAAGGUGAAUUAUUAUUCCCUAACUGGACUUAUCCAUGGGGUCCUUGGUUUGUGGUUAUUUUCGGAACUUUUAUCAUUUUUGUUCAAGGAUGGUCCACAUUAUCACCAUUUUCAGCUAAUGAUUUCUUCCAAUCAUACUUGGAGUUGGCUAUUUUCCCAUUAUGCUAUAUUGCUUGGUUUGUUUGGACUAGAUGCAAAGAUAAGUUUGUCAAGGUUCAAGAUAUGGACUUUGAAUCUGAUCUUUACUAUGAAACACCAGAAGACCAAGAGUUGAAUGCACAUUUGGAUUCCUUGACAGGAUUGCUGAAAUUCAAGUAUGUGAUGUAUGAAAAUUUUACUUAG